GAAAGGCGCGCGCGGCCGCGGGAUGGAGGAGGCGGCGGCCGAGGAGCAGCAGCGACUGUCCUACCAGCAGAGGCUCAAGGCUGCCGUUCACUACACGGUCGGCCUGCUGUGCCAGGAGGUGGCUGACGACAAAGCGAUGCCCAUCAGCAGGCAAACCAUCGCGGCCAUUUCGGAGGUGACUUUCCGGCAGUGCGAAAAUUUUGCCAGAGACCUUGAAAUGUUUGCCAGACAUGCGAGGAGAAGCACAAUUAACACGGAAGACGUGAAGCUCUUAGCCAGGAGGAGUAAUUCACUGCUAAAAUACAUCACUGAGAAAAGUGACGAAAUUGCUCAGUUUAACCUGGAACAAAAGGCAAAGAAGAAAAAGAAGCCGGAGGCUGGCAGUAGAGUUUCCGAGGCGGCAGGAGUGGAGGAGAGUGAGAGCUGACGCCCAGAGCUGUGGGGGAGCGGCCGGAAGCAGCUGCGGCGGCUGCUGGCUGCCACCGGGCUGGGAGAAGGCGGGCGGCUCUGAUCCUGGACGGGGUGCUGCGGCCGGGCUGCUGGCUGCCUCCAGGCUGGGAGAAGGCAGACAGCUCUAAUCCCGGACGGGGUGCUGCGGCACUGUGAGAGGCCUGGAGCGCCCCACGCCAACACGGACUCAAGGAGAAGAGGCUGUGCUGCAGUGGUGCACGGGGAAGCUGUGUCCACUGCUCGACGUGGCCCGCCCCUUCAAGGGCAAACAUCGGCCCUUCUUCAUUCCCUGACUCGGCUUUCCAGGCUCAAGUCGGUCUCUGGAAGCUGAAUAAAGCCUUCCUAGCUCUUCUCU